AGCUAUGAAAGUAUUAGUGUACCGGCGAUGUCUCUUUUGCAAGAGUGGAGAGAAAGGAAUCCAACACAUUGGUCGUGUGAACGUUUCACCAGGAUUCCAUUUGGACACCUUAUUUAUCGAUUCCAGGAACGAAAUGCAGAACUUUAAAGGCCACACAAUUAAUGUUGUUGCGGCCCCCUACUUCCCCUACAUCGCCUAUGUGAGAGACAGCAAUGAGCCAGGCACUACGGUAACCCCGACGUACUCUGUUGAUGCAUACCUCAUGUCUGCAUUUGCUACUCACCUAAACUUCACGUGUAGCAAUAACAUAAUUUACUUCAUUCUCUUUACUGAUUAUAAACGGCCCUUGGUAUUAUGCUUGGAGAGGAAACCUCCUUAG